CUCCACACUCCAUCCAUAUCUCUUUCUCUUGUCAUUUUCUUCUUACCUUCUUUUUCGCCAUGGCCGCUAUCCAACCUCAUUGCCAGCCACCUCCGCCGGAACCCAAACCCUCCACCGUCUUUCCCUUAAAAGACGUCGAAAAACAAGAAGCUGAUCUCGAGGUCAAGGUGGUGGACUACGCCGCCAGAGCUCAGUGGCUCCGAGCUGCCGUGUUGGGAGCCAACGACGGUCUACUCUCCACUGCCUCCCUGAUGAUGGGAGUCGGAGCCGUGAAAACCGACGUUAAAACAAUGGUGCUCACCGGAAUCGCCGGCAUGGUGGCCGGCGCGUGCAGCAUGGCCAUCGGAGAGCUUGUCUCUGUAUACUCUCAGUAUGAUAUCGAGUUGGCCCAGAUGGACAGAGAUGGUAGCCGUGAUAAGGAGAAGAUGAAGAACCUGCCGAGCCCUUGGCAGGCCGCAGGGGCUUCGGCGUUGGCGUUUGGUGUGGGUUCGGCAGUGCCCUUGCUUGGGGCGGCGUUCGUGAAGGAGUAUAAGGUGAGGUUGGGAGUGAUUGUUGCGGUGGUCAGUAUAGCCUUACUAGGGUUUGGAGCUUUGGCUGCCAUUUUGGGGAAGGCUCAUCCGGUUAAGUCUUCUUUGAGGGUUUUGUUUGGAGGGUGGCUUGCCAUGGCUGUUACUUUUGGUUUAACAAAGCUUGUUGGUUCUACCGGACUAUAGUUAUACUUUUAGCCCUAAAGAUCAUAUAAAUUAUCAAUACGUAUAGAUACAUCAUAUAUAGAUUUAAAAUCUAUACCAAUUGUAGUGAUGGAAAACUAUAGUAUAAUAUUAGAAUUAAUUACUGUUACAAUAUUAUUAUGUAGUGUGAGUAUUGGUCUAUUGCCAUUUUAUACAUUUAUGUCUUGUAUUUUGUGUAUUAGUAUUUAUUUAAUAAUCAUUGCUUAAUUUUUCGAUCUCCA